AUGCCUGACGAUAGUAAAGUAAAAUCUAAUGAAAACUCGCUUGUAGCGAGUAAUCGACCAGCAAAUGAAACAAUUGGUAGUAAUGAAUUUACUGAUACGACGGGCUCUUAUCCAGUUCGUUUACUAAAACAUCCACAUCGUUCAUCGGGUGGAUUUAUUCUUGAAAAACUUAAAGAUUUUUAUGAUUAUUACUGGCAUUAUUAUCGUUGGGCACCAACACGUGUCGCAGCAAGAUUUUUUUGGAGUGAAAAUGGCUGGGAAUCUUUGAAAGAAUUUACAACAACAGGCAUGUGGUCACAAGAUGUUGAUGCACCAAUUCCUCAACGAAUGGUAGCUGGUCUUGGCUUUGGUUUGAAAGCAUCUAUAUUUAUUUAUGCUGUUGGCUAUCGUAAUCUUCGUACUCGAUAUCAAAUUCCUGCGAAUGCUGCUAUAUUUCGUGCACUUCGGCCUUGCGCAUUUUUCACAGCGUCAUGUCUCAUUUAUUGCGGUUCCUGGCCUGUUGUUCGUGCUUUACGUGGCUAUCAGAAAACAGAAUUAGGUCGCGAUAUUGACGCAGCACUUGUUGGCGCAUUAUCUGGCGUAUUAAUAUCAGCAAUGUGGAUUAGAAAUACUCGUUUUGUUGGAGUAUCAAUUCCAGUUGCAUACGUUCUUGGAGGUGUAUCUGCAGGUCUUUAUAAUGCAGCUCAUACAGGUUAUGUGACCCACAGCAGUGUACCUGGUGGAUGGUCGGAUAUUCAUCAUUGGAGACGUGGAAAUCCACUUUUUGGCCCACCAUAUGAAGAGCGCUUAGCUAGAUUUAAAGCACAACUUCAAAAUGCUAAAUAUAAAGAAUAUGUUCAAACAUCGAUUAAGACACGUUGGUGA